AUGUAUGUUUUAUAUAGUUUAGGUAGCCCCAUCUUGUGUAGUGCACCUAGUGGUUCUCCCAGACGUCAUAAGCUAAAUCUCAGAGAGAAUUUUGUCCGGGCCUCCCGCUGCACUACCGGCGCGAUAACGACUUGCAAGGACGAGAUGCUGAGGGCCUGGUUGCCCACUGUAGGCGCUGCGAAUGCGAGACACAAGUACGCCGGGCCGGCGCUGCGGCCGGCCCGGCGGUGGAUGACCUUCGAGGGCAAUUCGCAGGAUAUAGAGGGAACCGACGAGGAACGCAUGGCAGGCUUGUUCGGGGGGCGGAUCCGCGGCGAGCCGCCACGUUCGACGAGUCGCAUGCUGGUGGGCGAGACACGUGUGAUUGCGGGUGUCGCGGUGCCAUCCAGGCCCGUGGAACCCGAUAACUGCUGCAUGUCUGGCUGCGUGAACUGCGUGUGGACACUAUACAACGAGGACCUGCGGCAGUGGAAGCAGCAGCGCAAGCUCGCGGCCAAGGCCAUCCGUGGCACGGGCCUGCAGUGGCCUGCGGACUUCGACCCGCCCAUCCGCGACCUCGACGAGGCCAACAUACCCGAGAGCCUGCGAGCCCAAAAACAGCACCUGGAGCACCGCGAGCCGCUGAAGGUGGCGGCGCUGUUCGGCGCCCGCGACGCACCGCUCCCCAAGGCCGUGAUCGAGGCCAAGAAGCGCCACCUCGCUGCGCGCCGUAAGGCCGCGCAGCGUCCGUCGCCCGACCAGGAGGACACCGAGGGCUGGGACAACGUGCCCGUGUUUAUAAGGGUCUUCGCAGAGUUCGAGAAGAAUAAGGCCCGGGAGGGCCGCCACCCGGCCAAGCAGACGCAGGCGUGA